AUCGGUUUCCUCCGGUUGAUAAACCCCAGAUAACCCACCCCCUCGCAAAGUAAUGGCAUGUUCCUGGAUCGUCCCAGACACGCCAAGGCAAUAUUACGCCACUGAUGUAUUCUGCCACCUUUCUUUUCAUAACGGCGCGUUCGCGGGCUGGGUAGAGACAUGAAAGGCGGUUGCGAUCGCCCCACCCUCCGUAUAAGCGGUGUCGAUGUGACGGUGGUGUUUUGUCCCGUGCAGGUUGAUAAUGGGAAUGACGCUGAUGUGAUGAACAUACAGAGCAGUUCCAGACAGAGCGCGUGAAGAAGACAUGAAAGACACGGCGGCUAAAGAGGAGGGGUUGGCUGUAGCACUCCUUAUCCUACACCUUGUGCCAGCUGUCUUCAGCAACAAAUUCAUGUCAGUCACCGUGCAUGGAAUGGUCGGAGACACAGUCACCUUCCCCGCUAGCUACGACAGCGACAAGGACAUCAUAGUUCUAACAUGGAACAAACUAGACCAAGACAUAGAGGGCAGAAGAGUUCCUGUCUACAUAUACACUCCCGUGAGUCGGACUUCUCUCGCUCUGGGGCCGUUAAAGGGCCGAGCAGAGCUGCAUCCGAACGGAUCUCUCACCAUCAGGAAAAUUAACGAGGCUGACGAGGGGCAUUACGUCAUGACCGUGCUGAUCGAUACGAUUGGUCAGGAGGAACAAUACGUUUUCCUGGAUAUAGUAGUUCCGCCCAAAGUGGAUAUCGGACUGGUGAGUCCAAAGCUGGUACCGAUCAACAGCACCCUGGUGCUCAACUGUUCCGUGGACAAAACUAACUCAAAAGUUAAAGCGGUUUUCUGGAUGAAGGAUAACGAACUGCUCUCCAAGGAUACCACCCGCGUGGACUAUGAUGGGCCCAAUUCGUACAAAUCUUCGAUCCUGUUGGAAAAACUGACGAGAAAGGACUCCGGGAACUACUCGUGCGUAGCAGAGCACAUCAGAAGUGUCGUGUUGGACAGUGUACAAGUGGAAGUCACGUAUCCACCUGUAGUAGUGAAUAUCACGAGUCCACGAUACACAACCGUGGGGGCAACAGUGACGUUGUGGUGCAUCGUAGACGGCAAUCCAACUCCUAAAGUCCUCUGGUACAAGAGCGGCAACUCCCAGCCUAUCGGCCUCUCCAGCACAUUGGACCACAUCGUCUCGUAUUUGACAUUGCACGACCUCCAGACGUCGGAUAGCGGAGAGUAUCUCUGUAGAGCAUUCAACGGGAAAUACCGGAACGACUCGAGAGCUGUUGAGCUGACGGUACUUGGAGAAGGGACGGCGUCGUACUCAAAUGAAACAACAUCCAGGAGAAGGUGGUUAGAGUUCUGGAGCAUCAUGGGAGGUGCUGUGGGUGGGACGGCCCUGCUGCUGACGUCACUACUGGUUGUUAUCGUCUGUUCCAAGAGCAAAGGCAGGAGAAAGCCUCGAACCAAACACUGCGGAAAGAGUAUCAAAGCCAGGUCAUACAGACUGAACGAUGGCACUCUCAUGCUCCAAGGGAGCUGCCCCGGUACUCUUGCUAGAAAGCCAGAACGAAUCUUGGCAAAGACCGUGUCAAGUUACAAGCCUCCGGGAGACGGUGGCUUGACUCUGGAAGUGGAUGACAUCGUGGAGGUACUUCACAAGGGCACGGACGGGUGGUGGUACGGCUUCUCUCGGGGGACGGUGGGACUUUUUCCCGCCUCUUCUGUCCAGGUCAUCGGUGGCAUGGAGCCCGUGCAAGGAUAUCAUUCCCUAAGGAGAAGUCACAGCCACAACGAUGCGGAGUGCCACAGAAGCAAACACGGUCAUUUCACUAUUGAAGACCACAUCGUUGCGACUACUGCGAUGACCCACGAGAAAAAUGGCUGUCCGGAUAUGCAGUACUGACUCACCAAUGUAAGGUUGUAACUUUGUACAUGAAGUCUCGUGAGAAAUGACGAGAGUUGACGUGGAUCUGGAGACAAGCAAACUAAUGUACAGUAUGUCCUUUGGAUGACGUAGGCUGUGCAAAAUUGGACAAUUUUGAAGAAAAAAAA